AAUCAAAAACCGGGAACUGAAAAUCCACCAAAGCCUUUCUCAAUUCCUUUGCCAACUGAUUGGAGCUAGUCCGCGUCCGGUCGUCCUCCAACGACGUCGUUUCUAUAAAAAAGAAUGCCUCCACAAAAGAUCGAAACUGGCCACCAGGACACGGUCCAUGAUGUGGCCAUGGAUUACUAUGGUAAGCGAAUCGCCAGUGCCUCAUCAGACACCACAAUUAAGAUAGCUGGGGUCAGCAACAAUACCCAUCAGCACUUAGCGACUUUGUCGGCUCACCAAGGACCAGUAUGGCAGGUGGCUUGGGCUCACCCAAAGUUUGGCCCCUUACUUGCUUCAUGUUCUUAUGAUGGGCGUGUGAUUAUAUGGAAGGAAGGCAAUCAGAAUGAAUGGAGCCAGGCUCAUGUUUUUGAGGACCAUAAGUCAUCUGUUAAUUCAAUUGCUUGGGCUCCUCAUGAACUGGGACUUUGUUUGGCAUGUGGUUCUUCUGAUGGAAAUAUAUCAGUUUUCACUGCAAGGGCAGACGGAGGCUGGGACACUUCAAGGAUUGACCAGGCUCACCCGGUUGGUGUAACUUCUGUUUCGUGGGCUCCAUCAACGGCACCUGGGGCUCUUGUUGGUUCUGGUUUGCUUGACCCUGUUCAGAAACUUUGCUCAGGUGGCUGUGAUAACACUGUAAAGGUGUGGAAGCUCUACAAUGGAAUCUGGAAGAUGGACUGCUUUCCAGCUCUUCAAAUGCAUACUGAUUGGGUACGGGAUGUUGCUUGGGCACCCAAUUUGGGGUUGCCAAAAUCUACUAUUGCAAGUGCAUCACAGGAUGGGAAAGUAAUUAUAUGGACUGUGGCCAAAGAAGGGGAUCAGUGGGAAGGUAAAGUACUGCAUGAUUUUAAUACCCCUGUCUGGAGGGUAUCAUGGUCACUGACAGGUAACAUAUUAGCUGUAGCUGAUGGGAACAACAAUGUGACCUUGUGGAAAGAAGCUGUAGACGGAGAGUGGCAACAGGUGACAGUUGUUGAGCCAUAGAACUGAUCUUUUAUUUUUCUCUUGUAAUAUUGGCCAUGUUUUAGAACCCAUUUAGUUACAUGUAUGAAAACUCUCAGAUUUUACCAUUUUACAAAGCCGCAUAGUUGAGUUGUUGUGUCGGAUAUUAUAGAACUCAAAUUUUGAGCUCAAGCUUCUAUCAAAAGUCUUUGCUAAUUAUGAAGGUUAAUGGUUUUUACGGGCGAUGUUCUUCUUAAUAGAGAAAUGGUUGAGCCAUUCUUAGUAUUUUUA